AUGCGCAUGCACAAUUCCGCCGCUGUCGCUUUUGCGGCCCUCAGCGCACUGGUCGUCCCUGUGGUUCUUGCCCAGCAAACGACAAUGCCAAUGUGGAUUCCCAUGGUAGACCCCGAGAAUGCCGAGGAAUUUUACUCGGGGCAGGAGGCAGUCAUUCAAACUAUUACCAACCAAGAGACUGUUGUUGCAAUCCGGUGUAAGGAGACACAGAGGCUGGGAUGUCCUACCGUGACGCUCACUAUCGGCCGGAGCAGUAAGGAGAACCCCGGUGCCAGCAAGAAAUAUCAAAAUAUCAAUUGGGUCUGUCAUGUUAACUGCCUCGGCCUGCAGCGUUCAGAUUUAGCACGGACUAUCAAGAAGAGACCGGUAUCCCAUGGCAUACAGGCCCCAGAAGAGUAUCAUGGACUCGCCGACGACGAGGAGCUCGGAACUGGCCUCGUAACCCGGUCCGCACCGAUUGACGCGACGGACUUGGUAUUCCAUCCCAUCGCUCUUGCUACGCCUCUUCCCGAGGCAGACUCAACCCAGUGCGACUCGCAACCCGCAGCUGGUACCACUGGAGGGAAGAGCGCUGAGACCGGCGCUAGUGCACCCAGCACCGAAAACUCGGGUUGCAAAAUCGCAGUGUGGUGGCCGGGAGUCGCCGCGGUUGCAGCACUUGGCCUCUUCAUCUGA